AUGCCAAUUGAAGUGAAUCCAAUUCAGAGCGGCAUAACUUUGGUUAUUCUAGGAUGGAUCGUUUCUGAGUUUGAGUUCAUUCAAAAACUUAUAUACAACAAUGCGGGCUUUACCAUGUCAAGAGGUCUUGACUUGGGAGAUGCUACGGAGAGAUAUGUAAAGCUCUACUUCCACUCAUCCGCAGAGAUAUUGCUACUCCAUCCCAUCAUCUCUUUCAUCGCAACAAACGUUGAAUCCGUUCUUGCUGCUGCCGAGAAAUCAGCAGCCAUUUAUGGGGCAGGCAAGUCACUUGGAUUACUCGAUGGUGUCUCAACAGCUAUCAAAGACGCGUCACAUAUAGCUGGAUAUCGAACAACCAACGGAAGAGCUGCAAACGACGAGCUCUUUCCAAUAUCAGAAAACUCUGAUUGGCCAAUCCAAGAAUUAGAAGGGUGUGGAGUGAUUAUCUUUGGUAAAACGAACAUGUACGAAUAUGGCACUGAUACUACAGGCCUGGAUCCCUACUGGGGAACUUCUCGGAAUCCACAUAACAGAAAUUGUUACACAGGAGGCUCUCCAUCUGGCAAAAUUCUUACAGCGAGUUUGCAACCAAAGGUUAUAGGCAUUUAUAAGCCGUGGUCUGAGCGGUCCGAUGCUUCAGUUCUUGAAGUCUGCCAAAAAGCCAUAGAUUACUAUGAGAACCAACUAGGUUAUGAAGUGGUCGAUAUCGAACUCCCAUACAUACCCGAAGGGCAAAAGGGCCAUGUAUCCACCAUCAUGGCCGAACUAGCUAUUCGUGCGCGUUCCGAUCAUCUUCCAGAUCAAAAAUCUACCUCAACUUCAUGGCUUGCCGAUCUCAAUCCAGCCAAAAAAAAGGCUCUUGGAGUUAGCUCACAAAUGACUGCUCAUGACUAUCUCCUCGCACAACGAAUGCGUAAUAUCUUCAUGCAAAAUCUUGCGUUUCUGUUCAAGAAGUGUCCAGGAUUACUUAUUGUGACUCCAACAUGUGGUUCUACCAAUGGCAAUCUUACCUUUCGUAGUGUGGAUUAUGUGUGGAUUGCCAAUCUGUGUGGAAAUCCUGCGAUUAGUGUUCCUGUUGAAUACGUUGAUCCUGUUGAGACGGCCGGUAAAGGGAAGGUUCCGAUCGGUCUUAUGGCAAUGGGUGAUUGGGGAUUGGAAGAUCAAUUGUUGGGAUGGGGUAGGGAAGCUGAGAUCUAUCUGAAUCAUGUUUAUGAAGGUGGCAGAAAGAGACAUAACGGUGAAGGCUGGGUUGAUGUCUUUAAUCUUGCUAGCAGCCAGAUGGAUACCAUCUCGUAA